AUGGGUUGCCCAGUCACUCAACUAGAGAAUGUCUAUGGUAUGGACGAAACCGGGGUUAUAUUGCUCAUGCUUAACUCUGUUAAAGCCGUUGUAAGGGAUGACGAUACGCGAAAUUAUAGCGGCACUGGUGUUAAGGGAACAAUGGCGACCGUGUUCGAAUGCAUAUCUGCGCACGACAGGGCUCUUCUGCCGUUGAUUAUCUGGACGGCGCUCACUCGCCAAAGCAACUGGACUAAAUAUCCCACUAGUGGAAGGCAUAUAGGGACGAGCAGGUAUUAUAAAGAUAGAAUCUAA